CAGGCUGUGUGAUCGCUACAUUUGUAGCCUCCCUCAAAUACAAACACAGUCUUGUCGAUGUACAGGAAUCCACUCUUCGCCUUCACCAAGCGCUCACUUGUCCUAAUCAAAUUCAGUAAUCGAUCCUCGAUUAGAAUCCGCUUGUCAGCCGCGGCCCGCGCCUUUCACAUCCAACCCCGCCUCGGCGCAGCCUACAACAUGCCACAGUCCCCCAAGAUCGUCAAAGUCGAAGAGCUCCCUCCCAACGAAGCGAAAUGGGUAGAAUUUCAAAAGAUCUCCUGGCACGACCAAACAGGCAAACCUCGUGUCUGGGAAGCAGCCUCGCGCAAGACGCGCGGUAAAUCAGGUGUCGACGCUGUUGCAAUCAACACGAUCAUCCGACACCCCUCUCGCCCACCCUCCACCAUCAUAAUCUUGCAAUACCGCCCACCUAUUGACGCUGUAUGCGUAGAAUUGCCUGCCGGUCUAGUUGACGAGGGAGAGUCGCCGAGCGAUGCAAGUGUGAGGGAGCUACAUGAGGAGACGGGCUAUAAAGGGAAAUUGAAGUUCAUUAGCCCGACGAUCGUUAGUGAUCCGGGAUUGAGUACUGCAAAUAUGCAACUGGCAACAGUCGAAGUCAAUCUUAAAGAGGACGACAAGGAGCCGGAGCAGGUGCUGGAUGAUGGUGAAUUCAUUGAGCGGGUGGUUGUGCCGCUGGAAGAGCUGUACGACAGGCUCGUGGAAUAUGAUCAGGAGGGCAAAAUAGUAGACGCGAGGCUGUGGCAUUGGGCGGCAGGGUAUCAUGCUGCUAAGACGAUGCUUUGAGAAAAUCUCAACACAUUCGCGGUCCUCAUUAUGGUUUGUCGAAGCUCAUUUGAUGAAUUUCAAGCGUGCUGCAGUCUCAUUAGACUUCAUGUUCAUAAGAUUUGCUCUGUACUUUAGUGUGCAAAAACGACUUCAAGCAAUCAAGACAUACAUAACAGAUACUGAAUCCCAUACUUCAUCGAGGCUG